AUGAAAAAGUACAAAGAUCCAGUAGAAAUAAUGACAAAGCAUUUGGAACCAGCACCAUCCAUCAUAGCGGAAAGAGUAAAAUUCCGAAUAAAAAGACAAGAGCAGGAAAAUCAUUUGAAAACAUGUAAAGGCAAAGCGAAAUAUACUUCCCACAGAGUUCAAAAUGAACGUGAAGCUAAUGAAAGUUUAGGUUUUUCCAUAUUAGCCGAUGAAACGAGCGACAUUGCUGGUAAAGAGCAACUCUCUAUCGGCAUUAGAUAUUUAGACUCAAAUAAUAUAGUUAAAGAACAGUUUUUGGGGUUUAGUGAAUUAACGGCAAUGGAUGCUCGAAGUAUUUCAAGUUCAAUUUUAAAAUCUUUAAAAGGGUUUAAUUUAAAUUUAAACAAACUAGUAGGGUUGGGGUUUGAUGGGUGUUCAACAAUGGCUGGAAAGGACAACGGGGUACAAAAACUAAUAAGAAAUGAAUAUCCCAAAGCAACAUUUUUUCAUUGUUCUUCUCACAAACUAAAUUUGGUUAUAAACGAUUUAAAUUCAGUGCAGGUAGUACAAAAUUCCAUUGGCAUUAUUAAAGAAGCCAUCGUUUUUUUCAAAGAAAGCCCAAAAAGACGAAGUUUAAUCCCAAAUAUACCCUUAUUUUGUGAGACCAGAUGGUCAGCAAAAUAUAAAUCUAUUAGAAUUUUUCACGAACAGUUUGCUACUGUUAUAACAGCUUUGGAAAAUAUUUCAUUAGAUAACAAAUUCAAUGCCAAUACUAAGUCCAAAGCACAUCAAAUUGUAUGUUCCCUUUCCUCUCCACAAUUUAUUGUCUGUCUUAAUGUAAUUUCUAAAUAUUCAUCGUUGCUGGAACCCGUGACAAACAAAUUGCAAGCUAUCGUAAUUGAUUUACUUUCGGUAAAAAAUCAAGUUGACCUUUUAAUAGAUAUGUUCGAAAAAGAUAGACAAGAUGCAGAUUCUGUAUUUUCCACAAUGUUUAAAGAAUGUCAGGAAAUAGCAAACGAUAUUAAUGUCGAAAUAAAGGUUCCUCGAAUAGUCGGUCGUCAAAUCCAUCGAAGCAAUAUUCAAAGUCGAUCUGCAGAGAAAUAUUUUAAAGUAUCAUUAUUUAUACCCUAUUUGGAUUCAAUAAUAAGUUCUCUUAAAUGUAGAUUUGCAAUGGAUACAACUUUGGCUUUUUCAUUAUCAUGGUUUCAUCCAAGUAUUAUAAAAGAAGGUAAAAUUCUUACUAAUGAUCAAUUGCAAAAUAUAUCAGAAAAAUUUGGGGUCGAAAAUUUAAAAGCUGAAUAUAGAACCUGGCAAAAAGUUUGGGAAAAUAGAAAAUAUACAGAAGAUAUUGGUAAACUUUUAAAUGAAGAAUGCGAUUUUUUUCCCAACAUUAAAAUGUGUUUUCAAUAUUUUUUGGUUUUGCCACCUACGACCUGUUCAAUUGAGAGGUCUUUUAGCACUCUUAGAAGGGUUAAGACCUGGCUUAGGUCAACAAUAGGAGAAAGUCGUCUUUCUGGGCUUUGUCUAAUAAGUUUGCAUCGGGAUUACGUAAAUCAAAAUCAAGUUGCUAUAAUUAAAAAGGUAAUUGAUAUGUUUGCUGCAAAUAAAAGAAACUUAAAAUUUCUGUUUGAUGAGUAG